UUUCUACGUAACAAACUCGUAUAGUAUUGUAGCUUAUUUGAAAGAACUAUUUGGCAUUGUGGUGAAAGCAAUUGAGUUUAAUUGAGAUUUUGAUUGCGCUCUUUCUUCUACGCAGUAUUAUAAAUUUAGACAAUUUUGUAUACAAAAAAGUAAUAUUUAUUUAUAAAGAUCACGUGUUUUCAUUCAAAUAAUAAUAAAAAUCAAAAAUAUAUUUAUUUUACUGUACACAAUGAUUGGUGCACAAUAAAAACAAAACUUGCAUCAAAUUGAGUGGCAAAACUAUUUUUGUAACAACUGUGACGUUUAAGCUAAUACAUAAAAUGUGUUUAUUUACACAGCAGUAUGAAUACCCCUGGAAUUUGCAACGAAUGGUCACUUCAAUUAAAUCGCGCAAAUAUUAAAAAUCGCGCGAUAUAAGCACAACUACUGUCUAAUUAUUGCUUGAGCAUUGAGAAAUCGCAGCGACCGCCAUAAUUUAUAUUAUAAUUGAAUCUCCUCAGUCAAAGUCGCAUAAACAGAAAUAAACAAAAAAACAUAAUAUUACGCAAUUGGUUGGCGCACAGCUACUUAAUAAGCUCGUCCCAUCGGAAGAGGAAGACAACACAAACAGUUCAAAAUUUUAACCACCAACCGGUACAUUUUUUUCGACCAGUUCAUCCUUAUCAUCCCUCCUACCUCUUCUCGUCUACAUCACUACUGAGUUGUUGAUCCUUUAAACCAUUUUGUGUUUUGAACGGUUUGCUGCUAUGGCAUCCUCAUCAGUGCUAGCUAACAAUCCAAUUUCGAAACUAGCAUCAGCGGUCGCUGUGGACUCCUCGUCAUCUACGACUACUACCUCACCUACUCUAAUUUCUACACGUAAACGCACUUACGAGACUGCAAUCUCAAUGCCCUCUGCCCCAACAAAAAGUAGAGGAGCAACUGCAGCUGUAGCAAAAGCAUCAAUCGCCAGCAAAAUGAAUAUUAAUGGCAAUGAUAUUGCCCAUAGUGAUAUAUUUGUGGAUGGUGUCUGCACUGCCACCAACGCAAUAACAAAUAAAGAUUAUACACGCACAGUUUCACAAUGUGAACCGGACGAGGAAGCCUCCGGUUCGUCAUCAAUAUAUUACGAUAGUCCGGUGAAAAGAGAAUACGUACCAAUACCACAACCUCUACCGACGAUCAGCAGUGGCACAUCAGAUUUUAUGACAAUUUGUAAGCCAGCACCUCUUUCCACCGAUGAAGAGGCCGUUGUGGAACGUGAGAAGUGUGAUUAUAAUUAUAAAAUCACCUAUCAAAUGGCGCGUUCUGGCCAGACGAAACGACGUGUACGUGUUUACGCCGAUGGUAUUUACGACCUCUUCCAUCAAGGUCAUGCCAGACAACUAAUGCAAGCCAAGAACAUUUUUCCGAAUGUUUACUUAAUUGUGGGCGUGUGCAACGAUGACUUAACACAUCGCAUGAAGGGGCGUACCGUCAUGAAUGAUCAGGAGCGUUACGAGGCUUUACGUCACUGCCGCUAUGUGGAUGAGAUCGUUCCAGAUGCACCUUGGACUUUGUCGGAUGAAUUUGUAGCAGCUAACAAAAUUGAUUUUGUUGCACACGAUGACAUUCCAUACACUGGUGAUGGCAUGGAGGAUAUAUAUGCGCCACUGAAGGCUAGAGGCAUGUUUGUGGCCACCGAACGCACCGAAGGCGUUUCCACAUCAGAUAUUGUAGCACGUAUUGUCAAGGACUAUGAUUUAUAUGUUCGUCGAAAUUUGGCGCGUGGCUACUCAGCCAAAGAUUUAAAUGUCUCAUUCCUUUCGGAGAAAAAGUUUCGAUUUCAAAAUAAAAUGGAUGAGCUGAAGGAUCGCGGACGUAGGGAGCUGACCAAAGUGAAGGAUGAUAUCAUCACAAAAUGGGAGGAAGCAUCUCGUGAUUUCAUAGACGCAUUCCUUUUACUUUUCGGACGGGAGCGUCUCAAUCAUUUGUGGAAUGAAUCUAAAGGGAAAUUGAUUCAAGCACUUAGUCCACCCGGCAGUCCGAGUGGUUCAGUGAAUGGCGAUGAUGAAGACGAUGGCGAUUAUGAAGAUGACAUUGAUUUCGAAACGGCACGCAUUCCGGCAAGUGCUGCGCGGAUUCGUAUCCCUGAUAGUCCUUCAGUGCGUGGUAGCACUGGACGCGGAUCAUCUGCGACUGCCACCGCCGAAGCGGCUCAAUUGGACAAUGAAGAUGACGAUGCUGGCGAAUAUGAGCAUAGAAGUAAUUAGAAUAAUAGAUCACCAAAUAUUUCGUAGGUAAUAUUAUUAUUGUAACGCAAACAUACGAAAAUAAUAGAAAGAAGAGUUACAUUAAAACUAAACACAAUUAUUUGCAGACAUGUGAAUGUCUUUGAAAACUUUUCGUCAGUGAUGAAGCAUAAGAUAAAAAAAUACCUACUAAAUAAAAGCUGAGGUUGCGCAAGUAAAAAAAAGUAUUAAGACCACAAAAUUACUUAGAGUUCUACUUUUUGUUAGUUGACCAAAACAGAAGGAAGUGAGGCAAGAGAAGAGUUAUGCUUUCAAAUAAACCGUUAUAUUAGUACAACAUAUUUACAGAUAUGUGUAAAUUCGCAUUUUGAAAAUCUGUACUCGGAGUUAGUCGAGUCGAAUACACAAAAGUAGGAUUACUAAAUAUGGCCGUGGCCCACGGUAUUGCACAUCUUUUAUCUUUUUACUCAGCUAUAAUUGAUUUGACGACAAACCGCCAACAUUUCAGAAAAGAAACAGCAGCAACAAGCCACAAAAUACGAUGCUAUUUACUCUACAAUUUCUAAGUAGUUUAGUCUAUGGUUACUCCUUAGUCUUCAACCCUAUGAAUAUAGUUAGUAAGGAACACUUGUUAAAUAACUGUGUAUUUAUGCUUUCAUAGAUAACUGUGGACAUUUUACAAAACUUCGUACUUUCUACUUGUAAUCCACAAGUUUUUAAAUUUUUAGGGGAACAUUUAAACUAUUAAACAUCCACAACUGACGUUUAGGAAUCCAAAUUAAUAAAACAAUUUAUAUAAUUAUAUUAUUAUAUUUUUCUAUUAGAAAUCAAGGUUUAUGGUAUUUAAGCGAAAAACGAUUUAUUGUCAAAAGUCCACAGGUAUACUCGUAUGUAUACACCACAUACACAUAUGGUCACCGAAAUAAGUGCAUACUAUACCUAUACAAUAUAAGUAAAUCCCUCAGUAAAGUUUUGCGAUACUUUUUUGAAAACAUUACAAAAAACAA